AGGAAGUAAAAUCAAACCGUACAAGCAGUACCGUUCAGGUUAAAAACCUUUAUCCUCUUCUUUCAGCUUCAAUUUCUCCCACCCCCAAAAACGCAUUGAGAUUGGAAGGGAAGAGAGAAGCUAGAUCCUGUCGGCGUCGCAACCGUUCAUAGCUCGUCGCCGCCUCGCCGGUCCGCCAGCAUCGCCACCGCUCGUCAUUACAACGAAAAUGGAUUUGCGAAGGACGAACGUUCAUCCAGGACCAAUUAAUAAUGAUGUACUAGUUCUAGGACCCGGCGAGCAUCGAUGUGAUAAAGUGUGGCAAGAUCGAGCGUUCGCGGAUGUUCCGUUGAAAUGCGUUAAGUAUUAUGGUAGCUUGCGUGAAGGGUUGGGGGUGGACCGUCAUAGACGUGUUACGGGGAUUCUGCGAGAGUACGGGUUUUACGGAGUGGAGAAGAUUUCUAAGUUACAGAUUGAUUGGGCUCUGAUUACUACCUUAGUGGAGAGAUGGCGGCCAGAGACCCAUGCCUUUCAUCUUCCAUUCGGUGAGGUCGGCAUCACAUUACAGGAUGUCGAGGUUCUUCUUGGUCUCCCCGUGAAUGGCACUCCUGUGGUUGGUUCGGCAGAAAGGACGAAAGCUUACUGGGUGCAGCUGUGUGAGGAUAUGAUGGGUUUUAGGCCUGAUCUAGCAGACUUGACGAAGACGCAGAUCAAAAUGACUGCGAUUACAUUCAUUGGGCUCACUGAGCAUAGCGUCGAGGUCGACUUUAUGCAGCAUACGCGGGCUCUGAUGCUGAAGAUUAUGGGUGGAGCCUUAUUUGCCAGCACGACUGGUAAUAAAGUGAACUUAUGCCUGAUUGAGUUAUUAAUGGGUACGGCACAGGAGGUGCGGAGUCGGGCCAUAGGCGCAGCUGUAUUGGCCUGCCUGUAUCGUAACUUGUGCAACGCGGCUCUUGCUAACACCGCACAGAUCGCAGGCCCACUGGUUUUACUACAAGUUUGGGCUUGGGAGCGCAUCCCGAUGUGUAGACCACAGGGCAUGUUACUCCCUCAGGACGUCGCGGGAGCGGCGUACGGUGCUAGAUGGGUAUGUUCUCAUCGAUGGACAUCGUCGUCUGCUCAUUCAAUUAGGCCAUACCGAGACCAGCUUGAUAGACUUCAGGAGAGCGAGUUCAUUUGGACACCUUAUCCAGAGUUGCAUCACUUGCACCCAGACUGCUAUGCCGGGAUAGGAGUGUGGCGAGCACGUGUUCCAUUGAUUUACACGUACAUGGCGGAGAUGCAUUACCCGGAUAGGUUCUCUCGUCAGUUUGGUGGACUCCAGGAUAUCCCUGAGGCAGUGGAGUAUGAUCGUGCUUUGCACUCCCUCAGAACUACAACAGGAAACAUGGCUCCAAGAAUGGUACAUUUGGUUGCGAAGUGGGAAGCGCGACAUCAGAGUUUAGUAGAGUUUGACCUCAACCAUGCCGGAUUCACUGCGGCAUAUCGCCAUUGGUAUUACUUGCAUUGUAGACGGCUGAUUGGGAACCCAGAGCAUCGUGCUGAUUUUGUACCUGGAUACGUGCCGAUUAGUCCAGACAUACAUUGUUUGUUAUUCAGUAUGUUGGACAUUGCUCGAGUCUCAGAUCUUGAUCUUCUUGGCCCAGCUCCGGAUCUGUACGCACUAGCGCAUGAUGUGCACAAGCGAGCAGUGCAGUCUAUCAAAGCCGCGGGGUAUGGCCAGAUGCUUUCGCACCCAACUGAAGCACCAGUGUAUGACCCGGUUGUAGUACCUCGAUGGCAUGAUAGACGUCGUGAUUCACCGGCGCGUGGCAGACCCCCCCGAAGACAACGACAAGAGAGACAGGCUGACAUUGAAGACAAAAAGAUCCAGGACAAGCUGAUCAAGGACGAGGUCGAUGCAUACAUUGUUCCAGGACAACAUCAUGAUAAUCACUCUGACUCCUAAAUAUAUUUUUACGUAUGUAGUUCGUGGAGAUUUAAUAUUUUA